GUUGCAUGAGAUUUCAGCCAGACCUCAGUGCUGCCAGUGCUCUGUAGGAACACUGUUCUCUCUCACCUCAAGCUCACCACUCGCUCUCUGCAGGACUCUGGACCCAAAUCAUACCUUUUAGAGGAAUAAUGGGUUCCUAUAACUCCAACCUGGAUGAUAUCAUGGAGGAGGACAUGCACCACUGGUACUCCAAAUUCAUGAGGGAGUCUCCUUCAGGACUUAUAACGCUCUUUGAGCUCAAGACUAUGCUUGACAUGAACGGUAUGACAGAGGAGUCCAGCAGCUAUGUGGAGCAGGUCUUCCUCACCUUUGACAUGGAUGGGGAUGGCUAUAUAGACUUUGUGGAAUACAUCGCAGCAAUAAGUUUAUUACUGAAAGGAGAAAUUAACCAGAAACUAAAGUGGUACUUCAAGCUCUUUGAUCAAGAUGGAAAUGGGAAGAUUGACAAGGAUGAACUGGAGACCAUAUUUAAGGCAAUUCAAGAUAUCACCAGAAAUUACGACGUCCCUCCAGAAGAGAUUGUAACUCUUAUAUAUGAGAAGAUUGAUGUCAACGGAGAAGGUGAGCUGACACUGGAGGAGUUCAUCAGUGGAGCCAAGGAUCAUCCCGACAUCAUGGAAAUGCUCACCAAGAUGAUGGACCUUACCACCGUCCUGGAAAUCAUUCUUAAAGGCCAACAGAAGAAAGAUGUGAAAUGAACUUAGAAACAACGAGCUGGAUUGCGGGGAGAAUUCAGAACUUUUUUGGAGGGUUUUCAGCAUGCAGCAGCGUUGAGGAAACAGUAUAUGUGCUUGAGUGGUGACGAGCCGAGUCCCGUCUCAAACUGCACAGAUUGAACUGAAUGAACUGACUGAGCAGUCCACACAGUAGAUCUCUCUGUGUGUCGCCCGAGGGAAGCAGAGACGUUGUUCUCUUACCUCUGCUUGUGCUCUCACAUUUCUUGAACUGUGGCCCUUCCGUUUUCCAAAAUUUAACAAAUUUUGUUUUACCAGGUGAUGUGUUUGGAAAGUCUCAGUGAAGGGAGACACCCAUCUGCUUUCAGAUUCCCAUCAUGGUUCGAGUAGAUGGUGCAAAGUAAGGUUAAUAAAUGCCUUUGAUUUUGUUUAUUAAGAUCUUACUGAGCAGGAAAUAUUGUAUGGGACUCUUGGUUUACAGAACUGUCACAAGAAGACAACUGCCUAACUCUUAAUGACUGUGUUACAAAACUUAAUUAGAGAAAGCUUCCUAUGCCUAUGUUAACAUGUACAUCUAAAACACUCACUGAGAUUGUCUGUUCUUUGUUUUGUGUUGUUGCUCAUGUAACAUCGAUCUGCAUGAAAACUGCACUGUUGCUUGUAUACAAAUUAGAUGGUAACUGAGUAAACUGACAAUGUAAAACUGA